AUGACCGUUGCUGAUGCCAACAUUUCUGAUGAAGGAGAUAUUAACGUCGUUGAACUACUACAAAAGUGUCAUUCAUAUCAUGUGAAGAAAAUUAGCGAUAAACAGCUGGAUACGAAAGUCCGUGACAUUCUAACAGUGUGGAGCCGAUGUGCUAUUGUUUAUCCUCCUCAUUCUUCUGUGCAACCUGACUCACUUGACGCUGUGUUUAACACAAUCACAGACCAACAGUUGGACACAAAAAGUCUCAUUCGUUCUCUUCUCGUCGACAAAACGUUCAAAACCUAUGUUGUGGAUAGUCUCAAAAGAUACCACGGUCUUCACGAUAUCAUGACACUAUUACCAAAAUGUCUCGACGUCAGUAUGCAAACAGUAAAUAUCCCCUCUAAGACCACUAAUGAUUUUAAUGCACUGAUCAAAAUUGUUCGAAGUGUUACGUCGCGAGUAGUUCUAGUAGCAAUAGCCGAAUCAAUGAACGAUGAUAGUCAACGUUACUUGGCGAAUUUUAUCAAGAAAAAUGAUUUACCAAUUCCCCUCUCCUACUAUACAUUCAAUGUGAAGGAACAGCAGAUUGAAUACAUUAUUAAUUUCAACUUGAUCGCAGAAAUUCUGUGUCUGACGACUGAUCGGAUGCUACUUCAGAUAGGAAGCCCUUCUGCCAUCAGGCAAGGCAAAUCGAGCCUGUUACCAUACAUGUGUUUGGAUAAAAGACGUGAAUCUGGCAAUACCACUGGAAAUGCGUCGUUACGGGCUGGAUGCCUCGAUGUUCUGUCGGGAAUAAUUAGGAGCUGUGAUAAAGUUGAACAAGCAUAUUCGCUCUUCGAUCUUCAUGGCACAGUUUGUAAGGGAAUAAAUGAUGACUUGGUGCGUGCCAUUCAGCAUUAUGCUGCCGUCCUUAUUUUAUAUAUCACGCUCGACGAUUUGGAAUCAGAUGUUUUGUCAUCACUAUUUUCUGAUAUUCACUCGCAACCGAUCAUUGUCGUCGUUUUUGAUCCCGAUUUUGACGAUCGUAACUCGGAAUCAAGACUCUUACUUGUCAGCCGAUGCAAAGAGGGCUUGAAACGAUUCUUACCUACAAUUACCAUGUCAUCUAUUGCUGUUGUACUUGCUCCCUGUGCUUCUUUAUGGAUACAAGAGUCAGAGAAUCGAGACUUUGAUGAAUCUCGCCGGGCACAGCUCUUGCGGCAAUCGUUCUUGGAUGCUUUUUCUCAACUGGAAUCUGGAAUUGCACAACGCCAGUCACUUUUCCGCUCUUCCUUCAUGAUUCAAUCUCUCUUUCUAGCUUAUCGAUCAAAUAAUGGUCGGGCGAAUACCAAGAUGCUCUCAUUUGCUGCAGAAAGAAAGCUGAAACAGUUGCUUGAGAAGUAUACUGAUCAAACAGAUAAUCUGCUCAUGGCAACACCCGUGAGUUAUUUACAAGCCAAAAUUCGCACUACGGAGAAACAACUGACUAUGGAUACCGAAGAGGACAUGAGAUCAGUUGCCGACACCCAAAAGCAACUAAAAGCACAGCUAAGAAACAUUACAUCAGUCUCGGCGCCUACUCGUUUCUUUAUUGAACUGUUGAUGCAAGGAACGUUCGUUGAACUACUCGUUGUUGAAAAAUAUUUGGACACUUGGAGAUCAAAAUACGAACGUCCGCUUCAACUAGAUAUGUCGAAUAUCAAGCAGCGCGCUAUUGAAUUUGCAAAUGCCAUCAAAAGAUGUGAAGCCGAACAACUGGCAAUCGAGAAACAGUCGCCACCCGACCCGAAUGACGAAGGAAAGCGUUUAGAUCUUGCAAGAUGUCUGCACGGUGCUAAGCAGGAAUUUGCCAAAAUCCACCACGAAGUCGAAAAGUUGGAGAAGAAGCUCAUGAAUAUUGAUUUGACAGUUGGCUUGUUUCUUGAUGAGAUUAUGGCCAUAUCCAACUUCAAUCCGACCCUGUUCGCCACUGAAAAUAAUCAGAAGAUCAUAGAUCGUCUGGCCGUCUGUUUUGUAGACUUGAUGAAUCGUGGCAUUGCCCUACACAUAUUACGUGGGCGCCCACUACAGUGUCACAGCCCUCUACUAACCAAAAGUAUUCAAAUUGCGGGUAAAAAUGCUCGAAGUGCUCCAUGCGUUGUAAGUGUCAUUGGUGAACAGUCAUCGGCAAAAAGCUCUUUGCUAAAUACAUGUUUUGGCACAAAUUUUCGCGUUAGCUCCGGUCGAUGUACCAUUGGCAUUUAUGCUAGCGUCGUGCAUUGGGGAGAACUUAGUGUAGUCCUACUCGACACAGAAGGCUUGUUAUCCGUAGAGGAAGCAAGUGCCCUACUUGAUAAUCAGAUCGUCACUAUGGCCAUGCUUUCGUCCCACUUAACGAUCAUCAAUCACAAGGGUGAGUUCAGCACGAUACUCAGCUCUCUAAUCGGCAUGUCACUCUAUGCGAAAGUACAAAUUAAAUCGGCUAUGAAACCAGCUCUGCUUUUUAUCCUUCGUGAUCAAUCGGAUACAACAGAUGAAACAAAGCGCAAACACUUUCUGCCUCAGCUCACAAAUCUCAAGCAAACUCUUCAAAGUGACGCUAAGUUCCUCACUACUUCAAUCGACGAUGUUAUGGAAAUCAAUUCGAAUGCAGUGAUUUUGCUUUCCAAUGCGAUUGUCAAAGAUAUUGAUGCAAGAAUGGGCAUCAAUCAGAACUACCGAAAUAAAAGUUUUCCAAUUGAAAUUCAAGAGCUUCGACGCACGAUAUUUGCUUCCCUGGAAUUAUCGUCGAAAAGUAAUGUCUACAGUGAUUUCGACAAUAUGUCAUUAAUGUUGGCAAGCAAUUGGUCAGUUAUUGACCGACUAGGACCUGAUCUCUUGUCGUGCAAAAGUUUAAUCGAAUUGACGCGCAUGACUGAAGUACAAAGCAUAGCUGUUGAGAUCCUCAAACUGGCUGCCGCAUCUCUCAAUGAUCAAUUUGAGAAAUUGGUUGAACGCAGGCUAAAAGAACUCGAACCGAUCAAAAUGACAAUGGCAUCGAUGAACACUGCUUCUAUGAAUUUUCAGAUGGACAUUCAGACGACCGUGAAAUCUAUACAACAGCAGGCUCUAAAAGAAUUUGCACAAAAGACAAACAAAUCAUACUAUUCUACCGAUGUGAAAACACAAUGGGAGCGCACAAUUGUUUCGUCUCUCAAAGGUCUGAUUGAACAAUGGAAUUACAUCUUUGAUAAUCGUCUACAAGCAAGCUCUCAGGCAAAAAUUGUCAAAGAAGUCGAAGAUACGUUGAUCGCUCGAGCUGAAGAGCGUUUCAAUCAGGACAAGCCGCCCAAUGUUGAGCAAUUGCGAAAAACGAUGAAAGAAGAAAUUGAAGAACUCCGUAUUAUCUCUCAAAAAAACCAGCAAGCCCUCUUUGAACAGCCUGAUAUAAUUACUGAGAAGAUCAUACGCCUCUACAAUUCGUGCCUCCAGUUGCACAAACAUGAAUGCGGCCGAGAGAUUUACAAUAUUUUACCAUCAAUGCCAGUCACCGAUUUCAUACAGCAUAGUGAAAAUCUUGCUAAUGUUGGACGUCUCCUUGAAGAUUUUUUGAAGAAAUCAGGAGGCAAAAUAGGAAUCCGUCAACGGCUUUUGAAUUUUGUUAGAUCCUCCAAUGAGUUGGACAGCAUGUGGCGCUCAUUUGAAAACAGGAUUCAAUGGUUUAACAGUUCCGAAGUAUCCAAAAAUUGCCAAAUCCUCAUUGGAAUAGCUAAUGAGGUUCUUCCUAAGCUGCAAGGCGACCUUCGUCAACUGAUCAAAGUCUCUCAGCCCAUAUACAACAAGACACACGUGAUGGAACAAGCCAUUGAUAUGAUGGAGGGAGCAAUGAGGAUGCGAGAAGUAGCUGACCACAAAAAGCAUCUCAACCGCAAUAUUUUCGUAGCCGACUUGGCUGUGAUAGCUCUACGCCUUCUCGUCGACGAAUCGAUUAAUGUCGGCCAGCAGUAUUACAAUGAAAAAAUGGUUGAGUUAGAAAACCGCAUUAAAUCCCUCAAAGAUAGUGUCGACAGGCAAAUAUCUUCGAUGGAAGAUUCAAGUAAGCAAGGUAACGAGUUGGCAACGACAGUGACCAGCGCUCUAUUUAGAGAAGUUCGACGGAUUAUGAAUGCCAAAAUUACAUGUGACAUCCGUCAAGCUGUGACAGCAUCCGACCAUAUCAUUCACGAAAAUGUUCAAAACCAGGCCUACACAUCCAGUUUCACUAUGGCCAAUGCGGAAAACAUUCUUAAGUAUGUGACCAACAUCAACCUAUAUUUUCUCGAAGUGAGUUUGGACUCGAUUCGAGCUAUUUUUAAUGCCGUCAUACACAAUCAAACAGCACAGCUCGAAUCACUCCUUAAUACACUGCUCGGCGAUAUAAACAACGAAGUCAAUUCAAAUUCGUGUAAUAACUAUGCAGAAGUAAACAAAAUGAUUGAAGAACGCGCUAAUAAAUCGUUCAUGGAUAAUACCAAGGGCCAUACGAAUGUAAAUUUUAAGUUUCCAGCGGCUCUACCUAUGGGUAUUCCCAACAGCGAUCGUUUCAAAUCGGCCUUCAGAAUCAUUCUUCAGACCUCCUCUGAAAUUCCUGGCAAGGUCACCUCGAUUAUUGCUUCUCUACGCGGUGCAGCCUUUGAUCAAUGCGUGCGAGCUAUACAGCAGAAAUUAGGCUGUAAUCAGUGUUGCCCCGGAUGUGGUUCAAAAUGUGAGGUGACCACAGAUCAUGAGGAGCGUAUUGUUCCUCGUAUGCCGCGCCCAGACUUUGACCAACCAUCAGAUGCAAAUUCAUCUCUUCAAAUUCACAGAACUAAGCAUCACUUGGCUGCCUGUUUCAAAGGAGGGCACUAUUACAAAACAAAUCAACCUCUUCUGAGUAAGUGCUACCAACAGUGGACAAGUGGACGGGUGCAAUUAAGUGAUACCGAAAUUGUAAGCCCAAAAUCCCUAUAUUACAACCACUUUCACGCAACUUGGUAUGAUAAUCUGACUCAUCUAGCAGAGAAAUCCAGCGAUCGAAAUGCUGAACAUGCUGAAAAUGACCAACGUAGAGCUUGGAUGCUCGUCCGACGCUUUAUCUGUCAAAAGUAUCAACUGAAUGACUAUUCGGAUAGUGAAUAUACACAGUUCCCAGAACAUUAUCCCAUGGUUGAAUCACUCCCACCUGAUUUUACGAUCAGUUGGAAUGACACUUCGUUGUAA